GCCUUAUAAGAGCUUGUUUGAACAGCCAUGUGCUGGCAGAGCAGAGGGGACAGGUCACUCCCAGGCUGAGACGGGGAGGAAACUUACAGUUCUCUCCUAUCUGUGGAGCUUUACAGAGGAUACAGGCUCCCAGGCUCUGAUGACCAGUAGCACGGACAUGGACUGCGAGAGGUGUCAGUGCCAGCAUGGAGACAAACACUCAGCCAUUCUCUACACCCUCCUGAGCCAGAACCUGAGCCACAGCCCACCCCACCAACGCUGCCUGUGUCACCAGCGCUGGACAGUUUGCCUCCGGACACCCCAUAUCACCUGCCAGGCUGCCUCCGAUGUGUUGGUGAAAACCAUCAGCUUCAUGAAAAACCUCCCUUCCUUCCACCUGCUGCCACGGGGGGAUCAGCUCCUGCUGCUGGACAGCUGCUGGGUCCCCCUUUUUCUCCUGGGGCUGGUCCAGGAGAUGGUGACGUUUGAGGUGAUGGAAACCCCGGCCCCCAGCAUGCUCGAGAAGAUCCUCCUCGAUGGCCAAAGCAAAAGGCAGGAGCCUGAGUGGACGCAGCCCAUGCUGGCCGCCGUGCAGUGGCUGCAGUGCAGCCUCAACACUUUUUGGAGCCUGGACUUGAGCCCAAAAGAAUACGCUUACCUGAAGGGAGCCAUCCUCUUUAAUCCUGAUGUCCCAGGGCUGACGGCCUCCCUGCACAUCGAGAGCCUCCAGCGGGAAGCCGAGCGAGCGCUUCAGGAAGUGGUGAGGAUUCUGCACCCUGAGGACCAGGACCGUUUUGCCCUCAUUUUGCUCAUCACCUCCACCUUGAAAUCCAUCCCUCCUGCCCUCAUCACAGACCUCUUCUUCCGGCCCGUCAUUGGCAGCGCAGACAUUGUUGAGCUCAUCGUGGAUAUGCUGUAUGAAAUCACCAGCUGGCAGCCGGCUCCCUCACCACACACGGCUCUGUGAGCUGCUGUGCUCUGCCACAGCUCUGUGCGUGCUCUCCAUCAGCUGGCAGGGCAGCAGGGAGGACUGGGGAGCAGGCACUCGGGACAGGCGCCCUGAGCUCCACAGCUGGCUUUGCGUGUGCCUCUUGCUAGGCUGCAGGGCUCAGCAAGGUGUUAGCAGAGCACUCAGGAAAGCAGCCUUGAUUCAGCAGAUGUCUGUGGCAGCUCCUGCUCCGCCUCUGCCAGUCUGUUUCAAGGAGUGUGACUGUGUGUGUGUGGCUGUUUCCCUGUUCUGCAGCUGGUAGUACUCAGCUGCUAGCAAGCAGGCCAGCCCCGUGACACAGGGCAGAUUGAGUUAGAGCCUGCUCCAGUUGUUUUUUUAUCUCAGUGAAUCCUCAGUUCAAUUAAAACCAAUGUGUGUUUUGCUGUUAACUCCAAGAGAUGAGGUCUGACCUCAACUCACUGCCCAUGACAGCUCAACCUUGUGAUAGUGGUAUUUAGGGGUGCUGAGUAUCUUCAGUGGGAUCACUUGUAGAGUAUGACCAAGUGCAAACAGUCAGAAAUUAGAUCUUUAAGUAUUGGCCAAUGUCUGUUGUGCACGAAAUCUCAGAAAUAUUCAUAAAGAAUCUUCCUCAGGCAGCAAGAGGGAAAAGUACAAAAUCUUACAGGGUGUGCAGCCA